AUGGCGGUUUCACUACUUCUCCAGGAAGCGAUGGCCGAGAUGUCGAAGAGUGCGGAGGCGGGCUGGGUGGGCCUGGUUACCAGGGUGAAGGACCAGCUGGGUAUGGCUGUCGCUGCUUCCAUGCAAGAGAUGCUGGCCGAAAUGACGAAGAACACUGAGGCGCCGAGAGGGGCCACGACGGCCACGAGACGGGCUACGGAGCUGUUGGUAAAAGUGGCACCCACCUGCGCCUUGCGCCUCGCUGCGCCUCGCUGCGCCUCGCACAAGGCGAAGUUGCAGGAGGAGAAGAGCCGCGCCAUGGAAGCAGAGAGCGCUCUGCGCGAAGGACGGCUCAGCCUCCCACCGUGCUGGGCGUUCAAACUGCAAUACUUGUUGAGGCCUCCCAGGCGUGAGCUGAAGCAGCUGGAGGGAUGGUCACCGGCCCCCGUGCAGGCUGCCGCACAAGCAGCAGCACAGGCGCAGGCGCAGGCCGCCCAGGCGGACGAGGCCGUGCGCCAGACGCGCGAGGCGGAGGAGCUGCGGAAGCAGAUCGCGGAACACACCGAAAAGCUGGAGGCAGUGCAAGGCUCCUGCCACGAGGCCAAGCAGGCUGCAGAGAAGUACAAGGAAGAGACCACCAAAGCCAUCGAAUCAGUGAGAGAUGAUGCGCUAGGUGCGGUGGCCAGUGAAAGCAAGGAGGCAGUGGCGGCUCUGGAGACAAAGUUUGGCGAGGCCACAAGAGCACAAAACGAGAUGAAAGACAAACUGGAGCAG